UGGAAAAUUGUAAACUUGUAUAUGUGGAAAGUUUAUAAAUCCAAUUGUAAACCGAUAAUUUAUAAUGAAAAAAGUAUUAAACUAAAUGGCGUUGUCUAUAUAUCGGACGGGAUGGGAAAUGAUAGCAGCCGAUUAAAGGGAUUAGUGAUAGAUAAGAAUUCCGUGGAAGCAAAUGACUUCUGGACACUUUACAAUGCCGAAUCACCAACAACUUCAAAUGAAGAUGGUCGACAAUUGCUUUCCAUAUUUCAAGGUGAAGCGGUGGUUAAUGGUCAAUUAUGGGUUAUACAGGGACCAUUAGAACGCGCUAUAAAGAAUUUAAUGAUAUACCGUCAUCCAUAUAUAUUAAAAUAUGUCACCACAUGGGAGCAAGGAGGUCAAAAGCAUUUAGCCACAGAGCGUGUACGUCCCUUAACGACCGUCUUAUCUGCACAAAGUAGUUUACAAGUUUGCCUAGGAUUACGAACAAUUCUAUGCAGCUUAAUUUUCUUAGUGGAGAAGGCUCUGGGACGUCAUCUCAAUAUCUGCAUUUCGUCAAUUUACGUAACCGACAAUGGCAGUUGGCGGCUGGCAGGUUUUGAAUAUGUUUGGAAACAUAAAGAAAUAACAAAAUCCCUACUCGAUUUGGUAAAAACAUAUCGCUAUACUGCAGCUGUAGACUCUAAUCAAUGCAAAGAAUAUAACACCGAUGCAAUUGAGCAAUAUGCCUUUGCAACACUCUGUGAAGAGGUGCUGAAUAAAUGUAACAAAACCGGUACCACUGAAACACCACAUGCGCAAGAGUUUCGCGAUUAUUGCGCCACCCACCUAAAACACAGCAAUACGCAACUACGACCCCGCUUAUCGGCCGUGCUCUUACAUCCAUAUUUUAACCAUGAAUUUGUGCUUAUACAUUCCUUCCUAUUCGAAUUGCCAUUGAAGAGUGUGCAAGAGAAGCAGGAUUUUUUCACAGGCCUUAUCGAUCGUUUACGCUAUUUCAAUGAAGAAGUGGUGGGUGCGCAAUUAGCUGCAGAUUUACUCUCGCGUAUGGUCUUAUUAGACCCCACAGCGCAAUUGUGUGUUACGCCCUAUGUGCUGAAAACGAAGAUUGAUCACUCAGCAGCAUUAUUUUCCAAUCAAACGUAUUUGCGUUACAUUAUGCCACAUAUAAAGAAAAUGUUUCGUCUACGCGAUGCCCAAAUACGUUUGAUAUUAUUAGAAUACUUUAUAGAAUUUGUAAGAUUGCUAUCAAAAGACGAACUGCUCGAAUGUAUACUACCGUAUUUGCUGGAAGGCAUGAACGAUACAAAUGAUGUGUUGGUUGCGAAAACAUUGCGUUGCAUGGCUGAUCUAGUACCAAUUUUGGGUGCAUCCACAGUAAUUCGCGGCAAUCGUACGCGUAUAUUCUCCGACGGCCGACCACAAGCUGCAGUUUCCGAUGCCACAACACACUGGGUUGAGCCACGUUCAAUAACGCCUGUAUUGGGCAAUAAUAUGGAUUGUAUGGUCUCGGAUAGUCCAUUACCCGAUAAUGUAGAUUUAAGUGACAGCUUUAUUUCUUUGCCGCAAGGUGAAAUAAAUGAACAAUUAGAUAUGCCACCACGUCUUAGCCCGGAUGGUGGUGAAGACGAUAAGAGUGCAGUGGUUGUCGAUGGUGUGCUUACGGAACUCUUGCAACAGCAAGAUGUUAACAGCGAGAAUAUAACUGAAACAAUUGUGGAAGAGGAAAUUUUUAUCAAUGGCGAUACAGCAGGUUUAAUUAACCAAAGUAUUAAUGAAAACCUAAACACACUUACGGAUAUAUGCUCUAAUGUACAUACUGAAAAUACAGAUUAUGCUAAAAAAAUAACCGCCAACAAUGGGUUUCACGACCAGCAACAUGUAGAGCAGAAAGAGGAUGAUGAAAAUGAAGAAUGGUCCGAUUGGGAAACUGAUGAGCUGCAGAAACUUCAUAAUGACACAGAAGCUGAUUCGACAACGACAGAAAAAACAAAUUCAUACCAAGUGACAAUUGCACUGCCUCAUAAUGGUAUUGACGUAGCAUCACUGCAAACUGUUAACGCCGCCACGAAAGAGCGUUUGGGAGAGGCUAGCGCCCAACAAACACGCAGCUUGAUAAUAAAUGAUGAUCUCAACGCUUUUGAUAUAGUCGUACAAAAAUCCACCACUGCACCGUUGGAAAAAAGUGCUGAAUUUGAUUUCUUUAAAGAUAUGGAACCUGUUAUACAGUCAAGGAGUAGCGUGACAAUACCACCACACAAUUUUACUACAAAUUCGCCAAAAAUUGCAAUUAAAUCGUCAAAUAAAAUUGACACCGAUGACAUUGUAAUCGAUAGUAGCCGCUUUGCAGCAGUUGCAAUAAAUGCAGAUGACAAUACGGCAAAUGGCGAUGGUUGGGGUAUGGAUGACGAUGUUGAAGAUGCGUGGAAGGAAUAGUACGCCAUAAGGCUGCCAUGUCUCGAGCGGUAGUCAUUGCGAACAACAUUGCGACGUUGAUAUAUUAUAUAUGUGAUUGAGAAUGUUGUCAAAAAGUUGCAAUUAUCAAGCUAAAUUGUUAAAAUUGUCUUUAUGUUACUUUUGUAUUUAGUGAAAAUAUGAAUGCGCCUGUAUAUGUGCACUGAUUAUAGUUUGCCCUUAUCAAAUACCGACUUGUGUAUGCCAGAUUUUCAACAAAUCCCUUUUGUUGGUAUUGUGUACUAAUAUUUAAAUUACAGGGAAAAUAUAUACAACAACUAAAUUCAAUAUUCUUGUAGAUACAUACAUACAUACA